AUGAACUACAACAACAGCUAUGGCGACAGCAACAUGCAUGGAAGGCGGAAGGUCAACAAUGCCAAGGAGAAGGAACAGGAGUCGUGGAGCAGCAUGAGUUACGGGAGAAAUAGCCAAAUGAAUUUGGCGGGUAGGCCUGGCGUAGACACCAUGAUGGGACAUAGAACUUACACAGGUGCGUUGCCAAGUGAAAGCAACGUGGACAGGAGUCUGCACGCCGGUCCGCCGAUCUACAACCUGGACGCGGACGCAGGUCACGUGGGUAGUCAUAUCGGAGGCAAUGUAAGUAGCAAUGUUGGUGGCCAUGUCGGUGGCAAUGUAAGUGGAAACUUGGGGAAUCGCCCUGGGGCAAACUUCCAGCACAGCUUCCUCAAUCCCAACGACCUCGGUACGGCCAGGGCGGCCACUGCCGCACUACCCAGUUAUGUGAACGCACACCCCGUAUGGGGAAGUAAACGGAGCGAGUUCUACGCUCCAAGUGAGACGAGUCAUGCCACGAGCAGUGGAAGUUACCCCACGGGAGGGAGUCCCUUCCAGCCUGGAGGGUCAAGUGCGAACCCUACUUUUCACAGCACGAAUAAGAUGCCCAGUCAGGAAGGCAUGUACCCACACCAUGUUGGGCCGAAGAACGAAACUAACGGAGCAGACAACCGUCUGAACUUUGUGAAUUCCAGCAUGUACAACCAGCAGGAAAUGAAAACCCAGAUGUUUAUCCCGUCGCAACCAUUUAAAGGAGAAAAUAGCACCAUGAGUGGCAACCAAGUGGGUGCAAGUACCUUCCCCCAGUCGGAGAGAUGGAGCAACAAAACAGACGACAUAGAACCGAAAACAAACAAAGGAAUCAUGCACAACAUAUUUGAAAGUCUAACAAACACAGUGCAGACAAAUGAUCCCAUAAAUAAUAUAAUGAAACAGAAGGUUGCUAAUAUGGUUAUGAGUGAGAUAGAGAAAAAAAUAGAAAAUCAUGAUACCAGUUUUAUUGGAAAUAAAUUGGCACUUCUGAGGGGAUACUUUGACGUCACUCAUUCUUAUGUGGUUAAUAAAAUUGUGUUCAUUUUGGUACCUUAUGUGUACAUACGGAAGGCUCUGUGUGAGUCGAGGACUUAUUAUGUGUAUACCCACUUGGAACGGAUGAUGGGUAGUGGGCGUCACCACAACAAGAACUAUACGUCUCCGUUUUCACUUAACAAGGGAGGAUCCCCAAGUUAUGCGCGUGAAAUGGAGGAAAAAACUAGCCUCGUUACGGGGGGUGCAAGUAGCCCCUUUGCGCAGAAUCAGACCUUUUUCUACGAUCCGAAAAGGGGCCCAGGGGGAGUGAGCACCAUGGGAAGCAACUUAAGUGGCGUCAACGGGGCAAGCACCCUAACUGGCGCCACCGAUACACAGCGUGGGAACCCCGGAAGACACAACUCAAACGACCUAAACUACGUCGACUACAGCAGUAACAUGGGGAUCUUCAAAGCGGACCUGUACAUACCACUCAUGUCGAGCAUCACAUACAUCCUUCUCUACACACUAACGGUCACAGCUCAGAAGAACAACUUUGUAUUUAACCCCGACAAUCUGUUCAGCAUAACAUCCUAUGUCUUCCUCCUGCUAUUCUUCGAAACAGCUAUUAUAAAAUUUUUAUUUUUACUAACAUGUCGAGACAUUAACUUGUCCUUUUUGCACAUCCUUUCGUUCAUUUCGUACAAGUUUGUAAUCCUGUGUGGGUUAAUAGUUACCAAGUUUUUUUUUUACCUGCUACACUUCACGUGUGGGUCUCUCUACGGGGUACCAGAAGAUAUACUAGACAAAGGUGAGUCGGAUGCAAACGUAUUAACGAACAAGAGCCCUCACAAUGCAUUCAAAAGUAUGAAUGCACCCCCCUCGUCGGGCUUCACCCCCUACGGUGUCGUCCUUUUCCUGAAUAGCCGCACCAUGUAUCGCCUGACGCAGAUUUACUUUUACGUAACAGUCAGUGUGCAGAUGAUGCAGCUGUUUAAGUCUAUCCACCUCUACGUGCACGAUGACUCCAGCUUGUCCAAUCAUUUGAACGUCAAACGGAUUAAUAUUCUGAUUCUCAUUUUUUCUCUUUCCCAAAUUUUUUUGUGCUGGAUUUUGACGCCAUAUUUCGCCUGA